UCACUGCGAUGAAGAUGUCCCUGGGCUCCAGCCUAUCGGGCGCCCGGGGGUGCGCGGCUGGCGCCCCCAGAAGCCGCUGGAGCACGUCCUGCAGGGGCUGGGCCACGCCCCCCUCCCGGGGCCGCUGGGCGCGGGGCGGCUGCGCGCAGGUCGGGGGCGGCCGGGGCGGCCGGUGGGCCCAGACCCCCCAAGGAGCCUGGAGGCGGGGGAGGGGCAGCAGCAGCAGCAAAAAGGCUCCCAAGGCUACGGACAGCACGAAGCAGAGUUUGCCGAGCCCCACGCCAGUGCAGGUCAUUCUUCAGCCCCAGCGGGCCCCGGGCCCGGCCAUCGCAGCCUGCCCACAGCGGGCCACGGGCCCGGACUGGGCGGCCAGGACUCCAGGCUCCAGGCGCGGCCUCCCGACGGAUGCCGAGCACCCAGGGGACGCACGGAGAAGCAGCAGGCCCUUUACCAGUUUUCUCUGCCUCAGUUUCUCCCCAGUGCUAGGCCCCCGAAGCCCCUCCCCUCCCUCAGCGCCUGAGGUGGGAGAAAAGAGGGGAGCUGAGGCACGAGCAAGCGGCAGCUGCGGGGCCACGGUGGCGACUUCUGCCCCUUUAAGGGCGUCCCCCGCCGCCCCCGCGGCCGAACCGACUUUACUUCCCGUCCCUCCCCGCCCCUCCCCCCGUGACCCGGAUGUGCUCGUGGCGAGGCCCAGGCGACCCGGAUGUGGACGGCGCCGCGGCGGGGUAGGAGGAAGAUGCCGCUGCCGGUUCAGGUGUUUAAUUUGCAGCAGUAGGUCAGACCUCUUCCUCCCUGGCACAGCCGGAGACUUCAGCCUGAGCGCCAGUCUGUCGGCCUGUACGCUGCUCUAUGAGGGGGCAGUGGAACCCAUGCAGAUUGAUGUGGACCCUCAAGAGGAUCAGCAGAAUGCACCAGACAUCAACUAUGUGGUGGAAAAUCCCACCCUGGACCUGGAACAGUAUGCAUCCAGUUACAGUGGGCUAAUGCGCAUUGAGCGGCUACAGUUCAUUGCAGAUCACUGCCCACAGCUUCGGGUAGAAGCCCUGAAGAUGGCAUUGUCCUUUGUACAGAGGACCUUCAAUGUGGAUGUUUAUGAGGAGAUCCACCGAAAGCUCUCUGAGGCUACCAGAGAGCUACAAAAUGCUCCUGAUGCUGUCCCUGAGGGAGGGGUGGAACCCCCACCUCUGGACACAGCCUGGGUGGAGGCCACUAGAAAGAAGGCACUGCUAAAACUGGAGAAGCUGGAUACAGACCUGAAAAACUACAAAGGAAACUCUAUCAAGGAGAGCAUCAGGCGGGGGCAUGAUGACUUGGGUGACCAUUACCUUGACUGUGGCGAUCUCAGCAAUGCCCUCAAGUGUUACUCCCGGGCUCGGGACUACUGUACCAGCGCCAAACAUGUCAUUAAUAUGUGCCUCAAUGUAAUCAAGCAGGUCAGUGUCUACCUACAGAACUGGUCCCAUGUCUUGAGCUAUGUCAGCAAAGCUGAAUCUACUCCUGAGAUUGCUGAGCAGCGAGGGGAAAGGGACAGCCAGACCCAGGCUAUUCUUACCAAGCUCAAGUGUGCAGCAGGCCUGGCUGAGUUGGCUGCUCGAAAAUAUAAGCAAGCAGCCAAGUGCUUUCUGUUAGCUUCAUUUGAUCACUGUGAUUUCCCUGAGCUAUUGUCCCCCAGUAAUGUGGCUGUAUAUGGUGGUCUCUGUGCAUUGGCCACCUUUGAUCGACAAGAGCUACAGCGCAAUGUCAUCUCUAGCAGGGGCCAGGAGACUGAGGGAUCUGGCGUCUGCAGCUCCUUCAAAUUGUUCUUGGAGCUGGAACCACAGGUUCGGGACAUCAUCUUCAAAUUCUAUGAAUCCAAAUAUGCCUCGUGCCUAAAGAUGCUGGAUGAGAUGAAGGACAACUUGCUGCUGGACAUGUAUUUGGCCCCCCACGUCAGGACCCUCUAUACUCAGAUCCGAAACCGUGCCCUCAUCCAGUAUUUCAGUCCCUAUGUCUCUGCUGACAUGCGUAAGAUGGCUAUAGCCUUCAAUACCACCGUGGCUGCACUAGAGGAUGAAUUAACACAGCUGAUUCUCGAGGGACUUAUCAAUGCUCGAAUUGACUCCCAUAGUAAGAUUCUGUAUGCCCGGGAUGUGGACCAGCGUAGCACCACUUUUGAGAAGUCACUGCUCAUGGGCAAAGAAUUCCAGCGCCGUGCCAAAGCGAUGAUUUUGCGGGCGGCUGUGCUGCGUAACCAGAUCCAUGUUAAGUCUCCUCCUCGAGAAGGGAGCCAGGGUGAACUAACGCCAGCCAACAGCCAGUCACGGAUGAGCACAAACAUGUGAUUGGGCAUCACUCCCCACCUGGACCCCAGGAUUGUGUUUGAGUGUCCAUCCCCAAUCCCAUGCUCCCCAGGUCUCUCUGGUUCCAGAGGCCCAACCUUCUCCAUGGGCCUAGGAGGCUUCAUCUUUCAAUGCAGGGGAUGCCUCCUCCUCCCCCACUGGGCCUUGGGACUACGAGACUGCUGCCUCAGUGCCCACCUUGCCAGUAGAGUUGUAUCCCACAGACGUAGUGGCAAGGGUUGUCGGGUCAACUGGGGUUUGCCUUCCCCACACAGUUUUUCUUUUCUCCUCCCCCUGCAUAGCUAGGGACUAGUGGGCAUGAUGCCACUGGUCUCCUAGCCUGCCUUCUGUGGGACACUGUGGGACACUGAAUUCCCUGGCUACUCCCAGGGCUGACAGUUUCAGGUGCCUGCCUAGCUACAGAUUCCUGGUAAUCCCAAACUUGGCUAUCCUUCUGUGCCAGGGAUUAGGGGAACAGGUCAGGCUAGGCCACCUCUCCUGCUGCUGUUCUGGAGUGGGAAGAAAGGGGAGAGGCCUCGCUUGUGCUGGUAUUUGUUCCGAAUGAGCACAAUGACGCGUGGCAGUACCUUCUACACUGCCCCCAUCCCCAAACACGUUCUUGUUAAUGCAUUUUUUUUUUCCUGAGUUAGAAAUGAGUUGUUGAAUCUUUAGACCAUUAAAAAAAGCAGAAUUAAAAACUC